GCACACCCAUUGGACACUCCAGCUAGGGGCAGCCGCUUGCUUGCACGUAAAAUGGCUGUGAAUGCGAGUGAGGUCACCGUGCGACUGACUAUGCACGAACAGGUGCCUCAGUUGGUCGAGAAACUCGAUGCCCAAAACCCUUGCGUCGUCAGCGAACUGGUCCUCAGAAACUGCGUCUUCUGUGAACCGGCAGAGCUUUGUGCGCAAAUCAGACGAUGCGCGAGACUUCGUCGCCUGAGCUGCGUCGCCUGUGCGCUCCUGCCCAGCAGCCUGGUUAGGUUGAUGCUGGAAGGACUGCUCCCGUACCUGCAGCAGCUCGAGUUGUCGCUCGUCCAGGACUCCGACGUGGUCAUCGACUCUGAGCUCGAGCAUUAUGCGCGCGAUAGCGCCGCAAGAUGUGCGACGUCAUCCCGUACCACAGCCUCCGACGGCUGUACGUCGAGGUCGGCGGGCCCCGCAACUUCGAGCUCCUCAGACAGCUUCUGGUCUUCUGUCCGAACCUGACGGAACUCCACGUUCAUUUCGUGCAGGGAACCUUCGUGAACGCUCUGGCGCAGUGCAAGUGCCUUCACGAUCAACUCGAACAGCUGGAAACGUUCACGUUCACCUCGGAAGUGCCGCCCUACGUUCCGUUUCGGCACGCGCCGGACGAAUCGCCGACGUUCACGAACUGCGCGGCCGUCUGCGCCAACGUUCGCCACGACAGAGUGCACGACUGGUGGAGCUGCGUCGAAUUGAAGCAGCUCGUACUCGGCCGGGAUCGACCGCUCAUUCUUCCGUCACAGCUGGCCGCGUUUGUCUCCAGCGACUCGAUGCCAGGGAAGUCCGAGUGGGAGGUGAGCCAGCGGCACAGUUGGGCUCGUGUGCGUGAACUCUGCCUUCUACUCUUACCGGGGCAACCCGCUUCGGUGUAUCCGAGGGCGCUAGGCAGCAACCGCGACUACCUGCAAUCGAUGUUCCUCGCACUGGACAGCAUCACCGAGCUGAACGUCAGUUCGUUCCACUUUCACCUCGGCGUCGACCUGACGGGGCUUUUCCAGGGUACCCCUCUGGGCAGCCGCCUUCUGGCGCUCUCCCUGCCGCCCUGUUGGUUUCCGAGGCAGUCCUCUGUGCGGACGCUGCUAUCGUCUUGCCCCAAACUGAGGGACCUGGACGUGCGCUUCGUAAGCCGAGGCUCCUGGACCUGCGCUUCCUGCCACGGGCUCCUCAACAUGAGAGUGUCCGUGCAGGAACCACCCAGUGCGGCCACGUCUUCGUGCACCAGCGUCACCAGGCUCGCCCUGUGUGACGUGCCGUAUCCGGUAUUACUCUCGUACUUCCGCUACUGCGGAGCUGUCACAACGCUUCGACUUGCCGAGUGGCGCUGUGCCGAGGGUCUGCACUUCGGCCAUUUGUUCGGGCUUCUUGAGAAGUUCGAAGCUGUACGUUGCCUCGUACUCCAGCGUGGAGACUUGCCGAUCGACGAUCAGAGUUUGCAGGACUGCUUGUCCCGCAUGCCCCGCCUGCAGCACCUGUGCCUUCUGACCUGGAUGAAAGUGCUAGACUCCGUCGCAUCCCAAAGUGCCCAUCACUUCUUCGCUGGCUCAACCCAGCUGAAGUGCGUACACAUGCACCACACGAACCGCAGCGAUGGCUCGGAGCGAAGACUCACGUGGUUGAAACGUGGCCAAGACGAAGUGCUGUUACAAGAAGGUCCCUGCUUCGCGUGCUGCUCAACGGCGACGUUCAUCGGACUCGUCAAGCCGGUCAAUCGCGACUGUGAGGCGAGCAUGCAAGCCUAAUUAGGGGACACGCCUGCUGGGAAAGGUUCCCAUGUUUCGAUUUCAAAGCACUGAAGAUCAAAAUGAUGCCACUAGUACAAG